AUGAAUUCCACCUUCGAUCCUGCUCUCUGCACUUACGCGACCUGUUCAGUCGAUAUUUAUGGCCAGCUGACAUACAUUCCAUCCCUCGGAGGAAACCUACUCUAUCUGUCAAUCUUUGGCCUGGCUUUCACUGUACACAUUGGGCUGGGGAUACGCUAUCAUACCUGGGGCUUCAAAAUUGGUAUGCUCGGUGGGAUAGCUCUUGAGAUCAUGGGGUAUGUUGCUCGAGUCGAGCUGCAUUAUGAUGUGUUCAAUCGGACAUAUUUCAUCAUAUACCUGGUUGGAUUGACCAUUGGCCCGGCAUUCUUUUCGGGUGCAAUCUACAUAUGCCUUGCACGAAUCAUUGCCGUAUACGGAACCGAAACGAGCCCGCUCACCGGACGAACAAUCACGAUGAUUUUCAUCGGCUGCGAUUUUAUCUCCCUUGUACUACAAGCAGGAGGCGGUGCUCUCACCUCGCUGGAUAUCUCGUCCAGUCUCAAUCAAACUGGUAUCGAUAUAAUGAUUGCUGGACUAGCGAGCCAAGUCGCUUCUAUGACGGCCUUCUGUUGCAUUUGCAUUCAAAUCAUUUUUACCAUCCACACGAGGCCUGGUAUAGUCAACCGCAAUAGUACUGGUCUUCGGAAAAAUGUUCGGUUUCGUCUCUUCCUCAUCGCUGUGGGUAUAGCGACAAUUGCCAUUCUGAUUCGGUGCUCCUUUCGAGUUGCGGAGCUCAGUGAAGGAUUCGGUAGCGAUUUGGCAAAUAAUGAAGUCAUGUUCAUGGUUCUUGAUGGUGCCAUGAUGGUCAUUGCUGUCCUAGUUCUCACAAUUGGCCAUCCUGGUCCAGCUCUAGGCGUCGCGUGGAAGAAUGGUGGUUUCAAAUUUUGGAAAUCAAGACAACCACAGACAGGGCACCAUCAUGGGCAUCUGCAACAAGCAACGCUCUUGACGAGCGAUGCGGGGAAAGCUGCUCAUUGA